AUGGCGUCAUAUGAUGAUAAUGAAACUGGUUUUUCUGAAAGUGAUAUACAUUUUGCUCGUAACACAUUUUUUCGUGAUUGUCCAAAUGGAUAUUGUUCGAAACGAAAAUUUCUAACAUUUAUACGAAAAUCAGCUACAAAUACAUCAAUACAAAAACCAACCCUAUCAGCAAUACUUUUUCAAACAUUAAUAUCAAGAGAAAAUUAUCGACAAAGUAGAAAAUUUUUUUCUAUGAUGUUUAAUAUCUAUGAUCGAAAUCAUGAUGGACAAUUAGAUUUUAAUGAAUAUAUUUAUGCACUAUCAGCAUUAACUGGAGCUAAUCGUUUACGUACAAUUGAAACAUUAUAUAAUUUUUUUGAUAUAAAUAAUCAAGGUUAUAUAACACGAUAUGAAUUUAAUUCACGAAAAAAAUUAGCUGCACAAUUUCUUGGUCAAUAUAAAACUGGUAUUAAAGAUAUUUUAUUAUAUGAACAAGCAUUCAAUACAAUGGAUGUAAAUAAAGAUGGACGAAUAUCUAAAGAAGAAUUUAUUCAAUGGCAUUUACAAGAUCAUUUAACACCAGAUGAAACUAAACCGGUGAAAAGACGUACACGUAUUUUAAAAAAUUUAUCAACUCUAGUCGACAUUCGCGGUCAAAUCAAAACGUCAUCAUUACAACAUCGAGAUAAUACUAAUAAUAAUAAUAUUAAUAAUAAAAAUCCAAUUGAUGCUUGGUUAGAAACAACAAUGAAUGCAAAUAAUAAAUUUGAUCUCUCUUCAGUAUCACCCUUACCAACAUCAAUUAAUAAUGAUCGAUAUUUAUUAAAAGUAAUUCGUCGAGCACGAAAUCGUUUCGUUCCACAUAAAAAUACACUAAAUGAUAGAAUGAUUAAUAUGAAACAAAUCUCAAUUGAUAAUCAAUCUGAUUCAGGUGUAUUUACUUUAUCAUCGAGAACAAAUUUUAAUGAUGAUUUUGAAUCAAAUAGUUUACUUGAUAUUGAUGAAAAUUAUCCAGAAUCAAGUAAUAUAGAUGAUCCAGAAGAUAAACUUCUAUGUCAAUCAUUUGAAAAUGUUCUAAUGAAAACAUUACUUGAAUUAAACCAAUAUGGAGAACGACGAUCAAAUAGUAAUGAUAUUAGUAUUACCGUCGAUGAUCAAUGUCAAACAAUGAUAACUCGUUUCUAA